AUCCGGCUUGUGUGAAGUUCAUUUGGUUUUCGUGUAAAAAUUCGUUUUGUCGUGUUUAUUUAUUUGAUUAUUUGAUUAUUUUUUCAUUUUUUUUUUUCGUGGGCAUUAUGUUUUUCGGUGGAGAUUCGGACUUUCAGAGGUUGCUCAGGGAGAGCGGAUUUGACAGCAGUGAUCUGCGCGGUGAAGCCAGCACAAACUGCACUCAUCCCGCUAUCCUGGAGUUUCCCAACCUCAUGCGAAGGAAGAGCAUUGCGUCGGCGAUAGCGUGCUUCCUGAUCUGCUUGUAUUUGUUCAUCCUCCUGGCAAUUGUGUGUGACGACUAUCUCGUGCCCUCGAUGGAGCGGCUGUGCUACACUCUUCGCUUGACCUACGAUGUGGCUGGUGCAACUUUCCUGGCAGCGGCCACCUCGGCCCCAGAGCUUUUCGUUGCCUUUGUCGGCACUUUUAUCACAAAGGGCGACAUUGGGGUGGGCACCAUCGUGGGAUCUUCGGUGUUCAAUGUACUGGGCAUUGCUACCGUCUGCGGAAUCUUCACAGGCGUGACGGCUAAACUGGAUUGGUGGCCCAUUACGAGGGAUACCCUGUGGUACUUGGUCUCCAUCACACUCCUUUUCCUUGUGCUCCUUGACUCGAAAGUGCAAUGGUGGGAGGCGACCAUCAUGCUCAGCUUAUACUUCGUCUACCUGAUCACUCUUAUCUUCGAUCGGAAGUUGCAGAAAAUGUGUCGAUCGCUGGAAGGCGAGCGGGAGCUGAUGGACGAGGACCCAAUGCUGCGGGAGGAGGAGCCACUCAUGACAUUCCGCCAGCACGUGUGCAGCAAGCCAGAGAAGGGAGCUCCCUGCAUCGAAGUCACCUGGUGGGUGAUCAAGUAUCCGGCCAUUUUUAUACUGGCCAUUACCACGCCUAGUGUGCGGACCAUAUUCUUUUUCACGAUGUUCAUGGCCGUGCUAUGGAUCUCCGGGAUAUCGUAUCUUCUCGCCUGGUUCCUCACCGUGGUCGGCUAUAACAUUGGCAUACCAGACUCGAUUAUGGGCCUGACCGUCCUGGCCGUCGGCACUAGUGUGCCCGAGGUGGUGUCCUCCUACAUCGUGACCCGGAAGGGGUACGGCUCAAUGGCCAUGUGCAAUGCGAUCGGCUCGAACACUUUCGACAUAUUCAUCUGCCUGGGACUGCCCUGGUUGCUCAAAGCUAUCAUAGAAAGCACCUUCGUUCUGAUCCACUCUGAGGGCAUCACCAUCACAGUGGCCAUGCUGGUCGCCACGAUUGUUUUGCUGUACGCGUGCUUCCUGCUGACCAAGUUCACACUGGGCAAGACAGUGGGCUGGAUGAGCCUCAUCACAUAUGUCCUGUUUCUCACCUGCGCCAUUGCCAUCGAGAUAGUGGGCGAAAAUCUGAACCACUGCGACCUCGAAAACGAUGCCUACACAGAUCUUCUGCACAAGAAUUUUUGAUCUCGUUUUGAUCUAAUUUUGAUCUCGUUUUGAUCCUUUCGCACCCCAAAAUUCUCCAAGCAAAUUCUCAAUACUAGCCGCUAGGCUCCCCUGGGAUCCUUUUCUCCUUGGCUUGGCGGCUUCUGCAAGCAAGAUAAUGCAAGAUACAUUUCCAAUACAAAUUCAUCCGUAGUCUAGAGUAAAGUCAUAAAGCGAG